UGACGGAUAUUACAGGAGCAAAUAAGACCUGUUUCAGUCUAGGUAACAUUUCCAAUAAUUUUUCUCAAAAGUUUUAAACUGCAGGAGACAUUUCAGUCAAUUGUAAGCUUGAAAAAGCUUUGUUGUCAACUUGAAAUCCUUUGUAGUCAUGCCAACACGAGAUAAAGCUGUACAGGUAACUAAGGUGGUGUGAGAUCUCCAAAAAAGUAAUUGGCACAAAAAGUUAUCAACAACAAACCUCACGUUUGUGCUGAAAGAUUCGAAUACGUACUGACGCCGACCUAGUAAUGGCAGGUGAAGAGAUUGCUGCUCAUAGAGUUGUCUCCAAGCGUUACAGAUGUCAUCUUCCGGCUCCAGUCUUUUCUAGAAGUGAUUUGAACCUUUGGAGUAUUUUGAAACAUUGUAUAGGAAAGGAUCUAUCGAAGGUUGCAAUGCCAGUUGUGUUUAAUGAACCCCUCAGCUUUCUUCAGCGUAUUACAGAAUACAUGGAAUAUAGUUUUUUGUUGCAUCGUGCUGAUGAAUGUGAUGAUCCAGUAGAUAAAACUAACCUAUUACAUUUCUUCAUCCCUGUUUUUUCUUCGCUAAAGUAUGUGGCAGCUUUUGCCGUUUCUGCCCUGGCAUCCAACUGGGAAAGAUUAGGAAAACCUUUUAAUCCUCUUCUCGGGGAAACUUAUGAACUUGUCAGGGAAGACAUAGGUUUUAGGAUCAUAUGUGAACAGGUCAGCCACCACCCACCAGCAAGUGCUUUCCAUGCUGACUCUCCACAUUUUAUUUUUCACGGCUUUAUUCACCCGAAGCUCAGGUUCUUGGGAAAGACUGUUGAAAUCAAACCAGAAGGAACCCUCACUGUAAAACUUUUAAGACACAAAGAAAUCUAUACUUGGACCAAUGUCAGUUGUCGUGUUCACAACAUAAUAGCAGGAAAAUUGUGGUUUGAGCAGUAUGGUGUAUUAGAGUUGGUUGGACACGAUACUGGACUCGAUGCCGUUCUACAUUUCAAACCAGCUGGUAGGCUUAGUAAAGAUGCACAUCGGAUAGAAGGCUUCGUAUGUAACAAACAGAAAGCAAAACUUCGUUUCUUAUACGGGAAGUGGUCAGAAUUUUUAAAGAGUGCUGAUGUUGAAGCUUACGAAGAAUAUGUUCGCACAUUUCCCAACAAACUACGUCUUCCUGAUCAGGCAGAGCCAGCAAGUGCUCAAAACACUUCUUUUUUUAGCACUUCUCCAACAGGCAGCCCAGGUCAUACUCCCAAAAGAAUGGUUGACAAAUUUAAUAGUUUCACUAGAUCAUUUACCAGUAGUGGUGGUGGAGUCAGCUCUGACUCCCUUGAUUUACAGCCUAUGCCCACCGAAGAUGACACUCUUGACACUGUACCAAAAAACGACUCUCCUUGGUCAGUAGAUAUACCAAAUUCUGUAACACUGUGGCAGGCGAACCCAAGACCUGAAUACUCAGCUGAGUACUAUCAUUUCACGUUGUUUGCCAUAGCACUAAAUGAGUUAAACAAUGAUAUGAAAAAACUGCUUCCACCAACUGACUCCCGAUUACGUCCAGACAUUCAAAAACUGGAACUCGGAGAUAUAGAUGGUGCUGCCUAUGAAAAAAGCAGGCUCGAAGAAAAGCAACGAGAGGCGAGAAAGCAGAGAAAGAAACAUAAAAUCAUGUGGGAACCAAGAUGGUUUAAAUUAGAGCACAAUUCUUACACCAAAGCAGAUGACUGGAUAUACACUGGUGGUUACUGGGAGAGAGAAUUUUCUCGAUGUCCGGACAUAUUUUGAAAAUACAAGAUCUAUAGUUGAAUGAUAUGUAAACGCUUUGUUAUGGAAAAAUGAAACAUGUCUAAUCAUGUCUUACCAAACGCUUUUAUGAUGGUACGUUUUACGUUUUGUUAAUUGGCUUAAUACGAAAAAAGAAAAAUGAUAACCAUUAAGGGUUAUCUAAGUAACUAAGCCUGUUUGUACUUAAUUUAAAAAAUGGAUUUUAUCAUAAGUUAGAUCAAAAAAAUUUCUAGGGGCUAAGGACAAAAUAAUAUAAAGGUUUUUAAU